UUUUUAAUUUUAUAACACUGAUCAUUGAAACGUUUAAACAAACAGUUUUGAUGUUCUUUUAUGAAUAAACAAAAUCAAAGUGUUUUUUAAACGAAUAUUAAUUCUUGAGCAAUAUUGAUAUAUUUAUAUAGUAUAUUUAUCUGCAAAAGAUGCUAGAAAUAACAUGUAACGAUCGUCUUGGGAAAAAAGUUAGAGUGAAGUGUAAUCCAGAUGAUACGAUAGGUGACUUGAAAAAAUUAAUAGCAGCUCAAACUGGUACUCAUUGGGAAAAGAUUGUCUUGAAAAAAUGGUAUACUAUCUUUAAAGAUCACAUAAAACUUCAAGAUUAUGAAAUUCAUGAUGGUAUGAAUUUGGAACUUUAUUACCAAUAAUUUAUUAAUAAUGUUAUAUAAAUUAACGUUAGAUGUAAACAAUAAUAUAACAACAAUAGUAAUUUGUAUAUUUAAAUGAUUCAUGAUUUUCUAUCUUACAUAAUGUUUAAGCGUACAGUGUACAUAAUAACUAUACAAUAAACAUAAGUAGUAACCACAAA